GUGCCAACUAUCCUUAUUCUACACGCUCCAAACUCCAAACUUGGCGCUUGUGGCGUUCAUUAUUUCUUUUCCUCCAUCAUGGUUGCUACCUCCUCCUUCAUUACAUCGCUCGUCGCCUUUGGCGCGUCGGUGAUGGCGUCGUCGCUCCCGCCGUGCAACAAGACGGCGCUCAUCAUCGUCGACGUCCAAAACGACUUUGCGCUGCCGACCGGCAACCUCCGGGUCGUUGGGGGUGAGGCCAUCAUCCCCGUCAUCAACAAGGUCCGCGACCAUGGCAAGUUUGACAUGGUCGUGCUCACGCAAGACUGGCACCCGCUCGACCACGUUUCGUUCGCCUCACGCUGGGCCAGCGACCCGAUCGCCCAGCCCUUUACACUGUACACGCUGCCGCCGUCCGGUGCGUGGCCGCCCAACACGCAGCAGAUGCUCUGGCCCAACCAUUGCGUCCAGAACGGCUACGGCGCCGAGCUCCAUUCGGACCUCAAAGUGAACGUCAAGAAGGACAUUUUCAUCAAGAAGGGGUCGAACCCCGACCUCGACUCGUACUCGGGUCUGAUUGAGAACGACCACAAGACCGAGACGGCUCUGCCCAAGAUUCUCAAGGACGCCGGCAUCCAGCACGUGGUCGUGGUCGGGCUCGCGGAAGACUACUGCGUCGGCUCCACGGCGCUGGACGCCAAGACCGUGUACGGCUACGACGUCACCGUGCUCUCGGACGCGACGGCGGCUGUCGCCCCGGUCUCCAAGAAGGAGAUGGAAGACAAGUUCGCGGCGCAGGGCGUCACUCUCCAAACGUCGGCCGAAUUCCUCAAGGCCCAAAACGCUCUCAAGUGCCGCUCCAACUCCAAGAGCUGCUAGAACCCGUGGUCUAUUG